UCACUCACAGGUGACUUGUGUGUUUGUAUCAGUCGGUUCUUUCCAGUCAGUCAUAGAUUCUCAAAGUGGAUCCAGAACAAGCGGAACCAGCGGAACCAUUGAAAAGUACUGGCGGUUCCGCACAGCACUGACUAACUCUAACCACUAGUUAACUGCCGCUGCUCUUUACACUCAGUGAAACGCGAACCAGCUCGUUACUUGCGGCGGCUAGCGAAGUUAGCCUGCGCUGCUAGCUAGCUUGAGCAGCGGAGCCGUUAGCCGACCGGCGGAGUGAUCCAGAGAUUUGAUCCAGAGACGAGUCAGCCGAGGUGAGCGCUCGGGUGUUAUCUGUCCGUGCGGCGUCAGAUGUUGGGAGGCGAUGGCUCGAACUGGGUCAGAGUGACAUGCGGACAGCGAACGACACAGUGACCGGCCGCCUGUGAGUCCGCUCCGCAAGUUCCUGCUCUGCAGCUCCGCUACAGCGAGGAUGAUCCCCAGCCUGGCCCACAGACCAUGGCCUGUCUUCUGCAGAGUGACCCUGCAGCACCUGGCGUCCGUGUCCCCGCGGAGCCCCGGGUUCCCGCUGCUGUGCUCCGGGGUUGAAAAAGCUCACAGUCAUCACACAUUGUGUUGCACAGGCUGGCAGAGCAGAAGCAUACACAGCCUGUGGUUCGGCCUGCCAGACGGCCGAAUUGCGACUUUAGGAGUGGGGAAGGUGCAGUACUACUCUUCAUCCGGUGACAGUAAAGACGGUCCUCCGAAAGUACCAUCGGGUGAUGCUGCGUCAACCGAGACGACCUCUCCAGGUUCUGCAAAAGUCCCCCCGCCUUCAUUAGCUUUCACACCUCCGGGCCUGUCUGCGGUUGAGACCAUUCAAGUGAAAGUUCGGGCAGUGCUGAAAAAAAGGGAAUAUGGAGCCAAGUACACUCAGAACAACUUCAUCACCGCAGUCAGAGCCAUGAAUGAGUUCUGCCUCAAACCAAGUGACGUGGAGAACCUUCGGAAGAUCAGGAGACGCAGCCCCCACGACGACACAGAGGCUUUCACUGUGUUCCUGCGCUCAGAUGUCGAGGCCAAAGCACUGGACGUGUGGGGAAGUCAGGAAGCUUUAGCCCGAGAGAAAAAUAUCAGGAAAGAAGUGGAGAGAGAGUAUCAAGAGAAUAUAUUUCGUAACCAACAGUUGGUGAAGGAAUACAAAGACUUCUGGGGAAAUACAAAGCCUCGAUCAGGCAAGAGGGGGACUUUUCUACAAGGGCCAGGGAAGGUGGUCAUGGUCGCAAUUUGCAUCAAUGGGCUGAAUUUCUUCUUCAAGCUCCUGGCCUGGGUCUACACGGGGUCAGCCAGCAUGUUCUCCGAGGCCAUCCACUCUCUGGCCGACACCUGCAACCAGGGUCUUCUCGCCCUGGGAAUCAGCCAGUCGAUCCGCAACCCAGACGCCGGGCACCCGUAUGGCUUCUCCAACAUGCGCUACAUCGCCUCCCUCAUCAGCGGCGUGGGCAUUUUUAUGAUGGGAGCGGGCCUCUCCUGGUACCACGGCAUCAUGGGGUUGCUGCACCCAGGACCCAUUGAAUCAUUGUUAUGGGCUUACUGUAUCCUGGCGGGCUCUCUGGUGUCUGAAGGAGCCACGUUACUAGUCGCCAUCAAUGAGAUAAAGAAGAGUGCCCUUAAGCACGGAGUGACAUUUUAUGAAUAUGUGAUGCAAAGUCGAGACCCCAGUACCAACGUGGUUCUGCUGGAGGACGCUGCUGCUGUGAUAGGAGUCAUCAUGGCUGCCAGCUGCAUGGGACUCACCUCACUCACGGGUAACCCGUUAUAUGACAGUUGUGGUUCUCUGUGCGUGGGCACGCUGCUGGGCGCCGUCUCCACCUUCCUCAUCUACACCAACACAGAGGCCCUGCUGGGACGCUCCAUACAGCCUGAUCGGGUGCAGAAGCUCACAGAGUUCCUUGAGAACGACCCUGCUGUAAGGGCCAUCCACGACGUGAAGGCCACUGACAUGGGGCUGAGUAAAGUUCGCUUCAAGGCCGAAGUUGACUUUGACGGCCGAGUGGUGACCCGGUCGUAUCUGGAAAAACAAGACAUUGACCAAAUCCUUAAUGAAAUUCAGCAGGUGAAGACGUGUGAGGAACUAGAGAGCUUUAUGCUGAAACACGGGGAGAACAUCAUCGACACGCUGGGAGCUGAGGUGGACCGCUUGGAGAAGGAACUCAAGCAACGUAACCCAGAGGUUCGUCACGUGGACUUGGAGAUCCUAUAAUACCUCCGGGUGUCUGCUGGGGGAACAUCCUGCUGUACGGAGAAGAGAAGGUGAACAGACGGCUGAGUCCACCUCCUCAAUCUGCCUCCUAUUCUGACCACCUCACAACAAGCAUCCGUCUCUGCACAAAUCAUCAAGUCUUACUGUAGAGUCGUCCAGAGGCGUACGUACACGAGGAUGACAGUCAGGCUUCAGUUAGCGAAACCCAGAGUUCAACCGGCCACAGAUCCACUCCCAUUCAGGUGUGGCUGGUUCAUGACUAAACUGAACUGUGUCGUUGUCAGAGAAAAUUAAAAUCUGGGUUGUGUUCACACACAUUAGACAGUUUAGUCGUGUGGAUGUUUUGUUGAACUCGUAUUCCUCCAUGAAUUUAUCUGGAUUUGUCAAACUUACAAACAAAAGCAGGACCAGUAUCUCUACAUAGACUUGAAGUUUGAUGUUAUGCUUGAACCACAGUGAUAGUGUUUCCUUCGUUAGUACAAGGAAACCUGGAAGCUACAUAUUGAAGCUAUAGAUUUAUUUAAUUUCUAGACAAUAUUAGAUUUUUUUUUCUUAUUUUAAUCUAAAAGCUGAGGAGCUGACGAAGCCGCCACAGCUUCUCUAGUGACGACAGAAAUCGUGAUGAAUAGAUUUUAUUGACAUGACAGAAAAUUGGAAAAUGCAAAGUAAAAAUAGUUGUUUUCAUUUGAUUUGUUUGCUAGAGCUGAGGACAGAACUGAUGUUAAUACAAUAGCUUGUGCAAAAACAAAAAAAGCUAUAAGAAAACUAGAAUGUCAUAUUCCUGUGACAUUUCAGAGACAAAUUGAAAGUUAUAUUGAUUAACUAUUUACUGGACAUGUUUAUCUUUGCUGAAGGUCAAAUAUUAAGAGUGAACAUCUUCACGUCGCCGUGAUAUUAGAGGCAGUAUCAUCUCUUUUCUUCCUCCUGCUCCUCACUCUGAAAGCCCAGGUUCUCAUUUGAGCUCUGGUUACCUUGACUGGUGAGGUUGAAGCAGCUGAUCAGCAGAUAAUUGAUUGUAGUGAAGAUGAGGAAGAGGAAGAUGCACUCGUGUAAAUAAGCAGCCGAUGAUGACGAAACAAAAAAAGCACCAAACAAAUGGAACGGCCCCGGGUUUUAAUCCAGUCCCGACAUUAUGAUAAGGUUGUUUUAAUCAUUUAGGACGUCGCCCUGAACAUGUACCAAAAUACCAAAGUAAAUAAUCUCCCACUUUGAGUUUCUGCUGUUUAAAAGCAACACACACUGACUGUGUCUGUUUUUACAGUCACAUCCGCCCGCUUAACAUCUAGCUUUGCUUCAGGAGGCGGGCCCAGUCAUUUCAACGCUAUCGGGAUGGUGGACAUAUAUUUUUGAAGGUGUUAAUAAUUAAAAAUUUACUUUUGGUUACGAUGAAAUCGCAGCUGCUGAAGGAGAUGGGAUAAAUGUGAAGUAAUUUAUUAAAAAUAUUUUGCUUUGCUUCUC